UUUCCUCUUCUUGUUUUCUAGUAAGCGAGCAGCAGAGCUGGAAAACUUGGCAGUAAACUCUUUGUCUUUCCUGCCUGUAUCCAUGGAUUGUUGAUUUUGCAAGUUAUAUUCGUUGCUUUAAUGCAAGUACCUGUUUCAUGAGAUGACCUUGCUUCACUAAUAUCUGUGGUCUGUAUCAAGCUACAGUAUCACUGCUGUUGAUAUGAAGAUAACAGUCUGGAGCAGGGAAGUGGUGGAAUACUACCACCAAAAGUGCGAGCAAUGAGCAGUUUCAACCUGGUGCAGUGAUCAUCUCUUGGACUUUAACCCAUUAAGUCUUAAGGUUCGUUUCAAGCAUUUUGAGUGUGAUGUCAUGAGAGAUGCUGUUGUCCAUAACAGGUUGGGAUUAUGAUCAAGUGCGCUAUUUUGACCUCGCCCAGUGGCUAAAAGCUUUGUAUGUUAGAGAGUAAGGACUGGACUUUUAAAAGCAGUAAACAGGCCCGUGACAGAGGGUUAGACCAAAUCGGUGGAGUCAUGCUUCACACAGCUGUAUCUUGCUGGCAGCCGUUCCUAGGUCUGGCUGUGCUGCUAGUCUUCAUGGGCCCCACCAUAGGCUGCCCGGCCCGCUGCGAAUGCUCGGCCCAGAACAAGUCCGUCAGCUGUCACCGGAGGCGCCUGAUGGCCAUUCCAGAGGGCAUUCCCAUUGAGACCAAAAUCUUGGACCUCAGCAAGAACCGACUGAAGAGCGUCAACCCUGAGGAGUUCACGUCAUACCCCUUGCUGGAGGAGAUUGACCUCAGCGACAAUAUAGUCGCCAAUGUGGAGCCUGGAGCCUUCAACAAUCUCUUCAACUUGCGCUCCCUGAGGCUGAAAGGAAACCGUCUGAAGCUGGUUCCCCUUGGGGUGUUCACUGGGUUGUCAAACUUAACAAAACUUGAUAUAAGUGAAAACAAGAUUGUCAUUUUGCUGGACUACAUGUUCCAAGAUCUACAUAACCUAAAGUCCCUGGAGGUUGGGGACAAUGAUUUGGUCUAUAUAUCACACAGGGCCUUCAGUGGACUGCUUAGCCUGGAGCAGCUCACCCUGGAGAGAUGCAACCUCACAGCUGUACCAACAGAAGCUCUUUCCCACCUCCACAACCUCAUUAGUCUGCAUCUGAAACAGCUCAACAUCAACGCUUUGCCUGCAUAUGCCUUCAAAAGAUUAUUUCGCCUGAAAGACCUGGAGAUAGACUCCUGGCCCCUCCUCGACAUGCUGCCUGCCAACAGCCUGUAUGGUCUCAACCUUACUUCUCUCUCCAUCACCAACACCAACCUGUCUGCAGUACCUUACUCUGCUUUUAAACAUCUGGUUUACCUGACGCAUCUAAACCUCUCCUACAACCCUAUCAGCACCAUUGAAGCAGGCAUGCUCUCUGAUUUGGUACGCCUGCAGGAGCUCCACAUGGUGGGGGCCCAGUUACGUACCAUUGAACCACAUGCUUUCCAAGGGCUCCGAUUCUUACGUGUGCUUAAUGUGUCCCAAAACCUGCUAGAAACCCUAGAAGAGAAUGUAUUUCAUUCCCCCAAAGCCCUUGAGAUCCUCUGCAUUAACAACAAUCCUCUGGCCUGUGACUGCCGUCUCCUUUGGAUUCUACAGAGGCAACCCACUUUGCAGUUUGGAGGCCAGACACCGAUGUGUGCUGGCCCAGACAGUGUCAAGGAGAGGUCGUUCAAGGACUUUCACAGCACAGCUCUCUCCUUUUACUUCACCUGUAAGAAGCCCAAGAUACAAGACAAGAAGCUGCAGUACCUGGUAGUGGAGGAAGGGCAGACGGUGCAGCUGAUGUGCAAUGCUGACGGGGAUCCGCAGCCCACCAUAUCAUGGGUUACCCCACGUCGGAGGCUGAUCACAACUAAAUCAAAUGGAAGAGCCACUGUUCUGGGAGACGGCACACUGGAGAUUCGAUUUGCUCAAGACCAGGACACUGGGAUAUAUGUUUGUAUUGCAAGUAAUGCAGCUGGGAACGACACCUAUUCGGCCUCCCUUACGGUGAAGGGGUUUACUUCAGACCGUUUCCUUUAUGCCAACAGGACCCCUAUGUAUAUGACAGACUCCAACGACACCAGUUCCAAUGGAACUAAUGCGAACACUUUCUCUCUGGACCUUAAGACAAUAUUGGUGUCCACAGCUAUGGGCUGCUUCACAUUCCUCGGAGUGGUUUUAUUUUGUUUCCUACUUCUUUUUGUGUGGAGUAGAGGGAAAGGCAAACACAAAACCAGCAUUGAUCUUGAAUAUGUCCCUCGCAAAAACAAUGGUGCUGUAGUUGAAGGGGAGGUUGCUGGACCGCGAAGGUUCAACAUGAAAAUGAUUUGAUGGUGUUCUGCUAGCAGUGCUUUUUCUGUGGCAUUAUAACCAAUUAAACCAGCCUGGCAUGUGGAAUUGCUGGGCAGAAGCAGCUUAAUGCAGCUGUCACUGUAUCAAAAGGUUACAUGGAAAUGGAAAGACUAUUUGUGGUUGUACAGCAGAGCCUCCAGACCUUGAGGCAGAUAUGUCAGGGCCUUUCAUAGAACUGGUAAAUUGUACUAACUGUUUGCAUUGCAAAUAUUGGCAUUCUGGGGAUAUCAGCAAUGAACCGUUGGCUCAUGCUCAUGGACAAUUGUUCAACAUUUUCUACCACUACAAAAAGAAAAAGGAAAAAAAAAAAGCCUACAGUGUAGGAUUUACAUACUUAAAGAAAAAGACACAUUUGUCUAAAGCAUACUCUACAGUGAAAUUUGUAUCUAUAGAUCUCAUUUGGUAAAGAGCCUUGCAUCAUACCUUCUAGUUGGUUCAACACCACAAAAAUUGUUUUUUUUUGUUGUUUGUUUUUUUUUUAAUAUACAUCUAUACUGUGUACAUUUUAAAGCAAUACAAAUGAGAGGUUGUGCUUUUAGAUAUCCACCAAUACUGACCCAAGUGUGAUGUCACCCUCCUUUUAACAACCAUCUAACCCAAAUUAGACUCUUGUAGUUACCAAUUAGAAACAACAUAAAAUAUUUUUCUCCUCAUGUAGAAGGCCAGAGAUGAAUAGUUGAGAGCAAAAAUGCUCAGCUCUGUUGAUCUUCUCUUCAUAUAAAUAUAAGGCAUGUGCCUAGUUUUGAUACAGAAUGGAAUAUUUUUUAUAUCUGUGAUAUCACACUGGACCAGUUUACUGUAAUGUAGCCCUGGAUCGCACCCAGGGAAGGCAACCCACUAGAUAUUGCUGGCAUAGAAGAGUUGAGUUCUACCCUGAUGAGAGGGAGCUGUUUUUGUUAGCCUUGUUUUUAAUUUCAAAGCUACUGUUAAAAUGUCAAUCUGUAUGGGGCAAAAAGAAAGAAAGUAAUACAUUCUGCAUACUCCUUGGGAAAUAUGGUCAUCUUACUAUUUGCAGGAGUGAAUUAAAACUUACAAAAGCUUUGCUGCUAGGAAAGAACUCUUCUCCAAUGCCAGUAAACUAGGGUUGUCCAUGCAUAAUAUGGGGAUUAUAAUACUAAAAUAAUGUUUAAAACAUGAUAGCCUCAAAAAGGCUAACAUACUGCCAGAUACAAUGAACCUCUAGCCACUGUCAUUCUCAUCUUGUAUAUUUGUAGAUAACAUAUAAACGCAAAGCUAAUUUCCAAGAACAGAUUACUUAGCUAUUCCUGAUGCCAUUUUAAUAACUAUGUGGUUAUGUUUCUUUCAGGGGCAGUAUAUUAGAACAAGAGGUGCAAGUUUUUCCAGGUUUUAGAAAGAUUUUUUAAUGGGGAGAAGACGAAAGUGGAAUGUUAGUUCAGUACAAGUAAUCUUUUUCUUUGUUUUAUGCCUCUAAACAAAUCCCCAAAAGGCUCAGAACUGAAGCUUUAUUCUUUAUUCUUUAUUGUAGAUUCCACUGUUCUUAAUUUGGAACUCUCAGCAAUGGGAAGAUACGGAGUUGUUCAGCGACCUCUCAAUUUUCUAGCAAUUAUGAGCCAUAGGUUUGUUGCUAAGUGGUUGAUAACAAAUACGAUUUAUAAAUAAUCAGAAUUAACUGGAGUAAGGAUAAUAAUGACUAUGUAUGUGUUUAGCCAAAAAGGAUACGAAAAUGUUGUAAGACAGAACAUUCAGAUUAAUGUGAUUUAAGGGCCUGUGUCCAAUCUUAAAGUUAAAUUUCAGCACUCUGAAACCAAAGUCAGGCUGGCCUGUAAUGGGAUGCUGGUGCUUCUAAAACCUAUUAUCCACAUUCUUUGGCAGAGAUUUUCUAAGCAGGUUAAAAAUCUUCCACUGCUAUCAAGGGAAAUGUGCCAGAAGUUGUACAAUCCAGCUGUGCUCCCCAGGUAUAUCCCUAAUAGAGCUGUAGGACCCAGGGCCAAGGCAGUUUUGAGAAUCUCUGUUCUUAGUGGCUGAUCUUUGGUUGCAUCACUGCUCCAUUUUAGGUCACCCAAUAGAGAAGGAUGCAAGGGUUGUUAGAAUUUUCUUCACUUUAGCUGGUUUUAAGUUGCGCUUCAUUUUGUUGCUUUUUUUUUUUGUGUGUGUUCUGAACUAGACAGCUGGAGAUUUAUGGAGAUGCUUGAGAUUAAUCCUCUUUGUUCUAUGAAGGUUUGUAAAAUGUUAACAGGAUUGAAUAACCCCUGACUAAACACUAACACCAGGGAAAUUGUUUUUGCUGAUAAAAUAACCACCGCACUGAAGCCCAAAACUCUACUGUACCUUAAUGUGGGCAGUUAAAGAAACAAAUGGGGAUAAAACAAAGUGUUUCUGAACUGCCCAUUAAAGACAUUUGCAUGUGCCUUUCCCUUGUAAUUGUUAUUUUUCAAUUAGUAAUCUAUUAUCCCUGCAGUCAUUUCAUGUUAAAUGUUAAAAUCAAUGUUAAAAGCAAAAAUUCUUCUAAAUUCUAGACAGUUGCAGCAGAUUGCUUCAUAUUAAAUGUCAAAAUAAUAAUUAAAAAAAAAAAAUCCUAAAAAAAAAUCUAGCAAAAAUGUGCUUUUAGGAUUAAUUAUGAAUGGCUGAAUUCCCCUCUUUCCUUAGAAUGGCUCUAAAAACUGAUUACAUUGUUAGUGUACUGCAAGGAUUUCUGAGCAGUAAUGUGCUUAGUUACCUGAGUGAAAUAUGUCCUGGUGAUGAAAUUACUGCUUGCUCUGGCAGAGCACCACCUUACAGAGCUGUCAGCAUUGUGUGUAUUGCCCUGAGUUCAGUCAGUAUUCAGUUUUUAAGAAUCAGUGUUUGCUCCCUGCCUCUAGCUAUGUUCUACUUUUUGCAGCCUACUUAUUUCACCGUGAACUUGACAAGGCAUAUGGCAUCUCUUAACAGAAAUAAGGAGAGCAAGACUCAGAGGCAGGCUUUUAUCUUGCUCCCCACAGUCUUGCUCCCCAGAUGUGUAUUCCUGGGACACAUGCUUACUGCAGGGUAAAUAGAAGUGCAGUGCCAGGGUCAGACCUAGACAACCACCAUUUGGGCAGUUUUUUGUUGGCUGGCUGUUUUUUUAAGAAUAAAGGUACUGUAGCUGACUGCAUGCCUACUCUGCCUCUAAUGUGUUCCCAGUCACUUCUCCAUCUGUUCUAGAGAUCAAGGAAACUGCAGUUUACUGCAAGGGAGUUGGAGCAUAUCAGAGGAAAAGAAACCAGCUAUGAUGAGACAUCUGCCGCACAUGGCUCCCCUGUCAUUUACUCAGAUGCAGGUGGACAGUGCAUACCUGCCGUUACAUGAGGGAACAAAGGGGUUUUCUCUCCUUUUGACUUGUACACUUGCUGCUCCCUCACACUGGCACAAGGCCAAGCCUGGCCUUUCCUGCUGGUCAGCACAACAAGCCUCUGCAGAGCAGCAGUAGUUCUGCAAAAAGGGAGAAAACAGAGAAGGCUGAAACCAGCGGAGCCACUUGAGAAAGCAGGUACACUGUUAUCUUUGGCAACAGUUCCUGUAAGUUUUGUGCUAACGUAAUGUAAGUUCCCACUAAUAUAUUUUGAAGUCCACUUACACAGAUGGAUGCUUCGUUCUCUUCCUCUUUCAUAACGAAUGGAUCCUUAUCCUUCCAGAGUGAGUUAAAGAGGACACUGCAAGCAAUGUCUUAAGAGUUUGCAGUGAUAAAAGGGUGACGACGAAUAACCAGUGCCCCAUUUCAGCCAUAUGUAUAGAUUUGGGGCUGCUUCUCCCUUUUUUCUUUGUUCCUUCUUCUUUUCUUGUUAACUUGGGAAUAUUCUUUUCAGAAAGGCUUAGGUUGUGAUAUCACCUCCAUUAGAUUCAGACUGGGGAGGCGGCUUUUGCUUUCUGCUCCCCACUCCUUCACCAUUCAUACACACUGCCAGUGUCAACAGGGUCAACAGCUCUACACGCAACAGAAAUCAGACAGGAGACAUUGAGACCCUGGAGAACUGUUGAUAUGACCUGAUGUCAGUAGGCAUUUAUUUAAGUAAACACUCUUUAAUUAGGACAAUCCCAAAGUUGAUGUCAUUCGUACUGCCAUUCAAUGUUUCCUUUAUUUACAUGAAUGGUAUGGUGGUUUAUUUUCCUUAUUUAUUGCAGCAUGGUAUUGCAUCACCUAUGACGGUAAUAAUGAUAUCAUAAAGAAAAGUAAGAAAGUCAAAUUGUGCACUCAGCACCACAAAUUGUAGUUGAGGUAUAUGAGACACAGUAAGAAGUCAGCGUUCAUAUUUAAUGCAAAGUCAUAUCUAACUCUUGUGAUUGAAGAAGAAAGUGGUAUAGAGGAAAUUUGGAAUGUAGGCCAUGUUGCAAAUGAAAUACAUCAAAGAUAUGUAUAAACAAGCUUUCCUACACCAUGCCUAAACAUCUGCUUUAGACAUUGGUCUUUUCCAUAAAAAAAAAAAAAAAAAAAAAAAAAAAAAAAAAAAACUUCAAGAUGCAGGAUGCCAGAAGACCACAUUUAACCCUUAGAAAGAUGAAAGAUUGGUUGAAAAUCCAGUAGAACAAUGAGCUUCUGGCUGCUUGGCAGCAGCAGUAGCUUCUAGCAAAGAGAGCUAAGAAACCGCAGUCAGAUAGUCAUUUUUGUCAUAUCUGCUACAUCAUCCUGUGAAAAAGGAGUCCACUAGUCAACAAUGAAAGGGCCAACCCUUAUUCAUUUUUCUUCAGAAAGGGAAACAUUCAUGUAAAUAGGAGACUGUCUGUUCCACCUCCUUCCCCAGCUGUAAAACACACAGCAAGAAGUGAGGAAGGGAAGGCCUAUUCUGGCAUGGUUGUGUAAUUACCUUUUUCCACUGAGUGAUCCCAGUUUACCUGGGACUAGCAUGAUGACUGUGCUCUGUCCAUUCCCAUCCUCUCAGUUCACAAUGCAGCUCGAUAUGGAGUUGCAGGGAAAGGAAUACAUGGACAAGCUGUCCGUCCUCCCGCAGCUGUAGCUUUGGUCUUCUCAAAUACAAGAACCAGCAUAGCCACAGUAACGUCGAAGUUGCAGUCCGCUGCAGCUGAUCUGUAGGUUUGCCAUAAGGCAGUGUAUGGGCUAGCACUGGAUACACGCUUUCUGACCUGGUUUCAGUGUCCCAAGUGACCUCCCUUUGCGCUGAAAAGACAUAGUAUAGAACUAAGGAAAGAAGAACUAAAAAACUAUUUCAUACAGUAAUUUAAAUGUUAAUUGUCCCUGGAGGAGUUAAAGGAACAUCUUUGGAAGAGACAAAAGGCCUGAUUGCUGUUGAAUCACUGAACAAUGAAGGAGAUUUUUCAAGUUAGCUGAGCAGUUUGGAUACCCUAUUCCUAUCACCUGUAAUGAGAAUUAUAAACUCUAUUCUCAUUGGCAGCUUAGAAAAAUCACAGCUAGCUGGUUCAGUGAUACAUGCCACCUUCAUGCCACAGUUUUCUAGCUCUGCCCUUCUUCCUUCUCAGUUGCAAAUGACAGUAAUCCCAAAUGAAGAUCUUUGGAUUCAGUUUAGUUUCACUGUAUGCUCCCAUGGUUUUUGGAAUUUGGAUCUCAAAAUACGAUCGUAAACCCUCUUCAAACCAAAAACAGUAAUAAAAUAAUAAAAUAAAAAAAAAAAAAAAAAAAA